GUAGCACUGGUCUACUCUGGAGAAUCUGAUCCUGAGACUUCAGCAUGAUGUCUUACCAACAGCAGCAGUGCAAACAGCCUUGCCAGCCUCCUCCUGUGUGUCCACCCCCAAAGUGCCCAGAGCCUUGUCCUCCUCCAAAGUGCCCUGAGCCUUGUCUUCCUCCACAAUGCCCUGAGCCAUGCCCCCCUCAGCCAUGGCAGCCAAAGUGCCCUCCUGUGCAACCUCCUCCGCCCUGCCAGCCAAAGUGCCCACCCAAGAGCAAGUGAGGGCUUCAGGAGUCACCAGAAGCAGGGGAAAUGAAGAAAAUCCGUUUCACCUACUUCCAUACAAACAUCCCCAUCUUCUUUUCAAAUCCUGUCAUGGAUGCAGAGGAAUAUUCUCCACCCUGCCCCUCUACGUGCUUCUGAUGACCCCUGAUAGAGAAGGCAUUCCUGUGAGGCUGUCUUCCUGCUGUUCCCAGGGACCCUGAGAAUGGUCCUUCCUCAGUGAUUCAGUGUCCCAGAUGCUCAGAGGAAGAGCAGCAGCUGUAUACCUUUCCUGUGCCCUGGCCUUCCCAGUCUGCUGUCACCUGGGCAGGCAGUUGUCACCGCUGCUUCACUUCCUGAAGAAAGUACCUUU